AUGUCUUUUGGUAGGCAUGCCUACCGUCAGGCGUUGAAGCCCCCGGUAAUUCCAACUCCGGAUCAUCCCUGGGUCAGUGACGAUUUACUCGCAGCGACCUUCCGCCGAUUUGCUCAUGGACAGCGACGCCAUGGCAGCUGUGUUCCCGGUCCCUUGGAAGCAAGAAGGCGUCUUGCGAAACGUCGGAAUACAGCUCUAGCUGGAUUCGGAGGAGCGGCAGCAGAUGAUAUCGCGUGCUUGUUUGGACGCAAUGGGAGAGAGCAUAUGAAGUGGACCGACCACUCGUGGCAGCGAACGCAUAUCGACACCCAAGAUAUGAGCAGCUAUGCUUUUGCAACAGCCGAUACCUCGCUUCCAUUUUACGACCAUAAUCCCGAACCUAUUGACCCGCGUGUCCCCGAAGAACAUACCUCACAUUUGCCAAAAAAGAAAGAGCUCAGCCAGGCGCAACUGUUCGAACAAUUUCUUGAUCGCAGUGAUUGGGGAAUUGAAGAUGCUAGAGACACGGCUCGCCUGCUUGGAAUCGAUCUUCAGCGAGAGCCAGCAUACAGUCGACAAAUAUUCGACAGAUUGCUCAUGCGGUCCAGUACGAACUUGACGCAAGCAAUUCAGUUUCUGGAAGAUCCAUUUUUGAAUACUCGAGGCUCUGGGAAUUAUCUUGCUGCAGUCGAGCUGUUUGUUCGAUCGAAAGCAAGGCGUUCUAACCGAGUGGCCGUGCUCAAUGCAAUCUCGCGUGCCCUCGAACUGGGAUUGGUCCCCUCGGACGAAAUCUCACAAAUUGUCAAGGCUUUGCCGAACAUUAUUGUUGAGCGAAAUAAGACUCUGAGAUCAUGGGAUACAAUAACAUUAUUAAAGCAUUACCGCUCCAUGUGGAAAGCCAUUGGGAAAUGCAAUAUUCUGGGAUAUGGUGAACUCGAUAAGGAGAUUGUCAACACUUGGCUUGAAGAGUUGAUAAGCAUUGGUGAAUUCCAUUUCGCAGGUGAAAUUACAGUCGCAACCCAUGAUGCCGGCUCAGAUAUCUAUUGGCCGUCAACGUUGGUUCUGACAUGGCUGGAAACAAUCGGAGAAGCCACUGUCCAGCCGAGCCGUGAUUUUCCCUCUGCAUUAUUAGGCCGACUAGAUACCGAAUGUGCAGCUAAAUGCCUGAUUGAAGUCACGGAACGCUUGAUCCUAGGCGUCUCAGAUAAACAAAAGCAGCAAGACCGGAGCCAAAUACUUGAGCAAUGGCGAGAUUUCUUACUGAAAAUCCCCAAUGCCUCAGCCAUCGGUUCGUCCCAAGCAUGGUCAGAUCUUCCUCUGGCCUAUAUUCAAAACCAGGAGAUGGCAUUGACCGCCUUACUCUCGCGCUCCAGCCUUUCAGCACAGCAUCAAAUCAUCCUUCGGUUAUGGAUCUUACGCAGUCUAAGUCGUUCUUUGGGGCCUAUGUACAACCAGAGUCCAAGAGCCACGGACCGGUCAAUCUACCUGUUACUCAGCAUGUAUGAAACAACUGUGUCACAAACAGCAGGAUCCUUUCUUGCCGACCUCCUUCAUGGCAUCCACGGCUUGAACAUGCCAUACAACGGCCUUCUUUUGCUUGCAACCGACAUCAAGCUAAGAAAACUGGUUACAAAAUCCACACGCCGAACUCUCGAACAACUCGAAACUUCACAAAUUUCUCUAUCAGACAUCUGGACAGAUCCAUCUAUCUACAAUGGCGUCCGUGACCUUUUUUACGGAAGCUUCGAACAGAUGUUCCGCCGUCUAGACCUUACCAGUCCAGAAUCAGCAAACGAAUGUCUUAAUCUCGCACGAGUCGGAGACUCAAAAACUAUCUGGUCAAUCAUUCGAUUGCUACAGAACCACACACCAUUCAAAAUAUCCCUCAACAAAGCUUGGGUACCCAUCCCACACAAGGACGAAAUGGCUCUUGUACGGUAUCAUCCCGGACCACGGAACAGCGAAUGUCCCGAUCCUUACGCAGCAGUUGACUUCAUCCAUCAACUUGCCGUGGCCUUUUCCUGCAGUCAACAGUUGACGCCCUCCCGCUCUUUUCAUCUUGUUCACUGGCUCUACGAUUACUUGCGUAAACAUGGUGGACCUGUUCACCCUUCUUUGGUGCGGGCUAUGUAUCAUGCUGGUGUGGUUCGGUAUCGGCAGGAUGGACGCCAUGUCGCUCCUACUCAGUAUGAGUAUAUUAUGUGGAUUAUUGAGAAAUUCGAAGGGUCAGAGGUUGUUGAGCAGCUUCUUGAGGGCCCGCGAAUUGGAGAUUCGCGCUCGAACUUGGACUAG